AUGUGCAACAUUAUGAGCCGGGAUUGGAUCCAGUAUCCUCAAUUGUGUUUUUGUACUUUCCGAAUUUUUGGUGGCAUUAUCAUUAUCCUGGUAGAAGGCCUGUUUGAAGAUCGACAACAGAUCCGGAUUAUUGGGAACACAGCUUUGAACAACCAAUUGGUAGACUUGGCUAACGGUGUGAAAAAUAAGCGUGAAAAUGAGAAGAAAAGAAUAAAAAUAUCUGACCAGAUUGUUGGUGAACAAGGAGAUAGAUCUAUGGACUAUGGAAGAGGAGGGGAUGUUGAUCAGCUCCAGCAUCAGAUCUGUAAUGUAAUUUAA